AUGGUGGAUUACAUUUGCCAGUACCUGAGCAGUGUGAGAGAGAGACGGGUGACUCCUGAUGUACAGCCAGGUUACAUGAGAACCCAGUUGCCAGAUUCUGCCCCAAUGGACCCAGACAGCUGGGACGACAUCUUUGGAGAUAUAGAGAAGAUUAUUAUGCCUGGGGUAGUCCACUGGCAAAGUCCACACAUGCACGCCUACUUUCCAGCUCUUACUUCCUGGCCUUCACUCCUUGGAGAUAUGUUGGCCGAUGCAAUUAACUGCUUGGGAUUCACAUGGGCCUCCAGUCCAGCCUGUACAGAACUGGAAAUGAAUGUGAUGGAUUGGUUGGCUAAAAUGCUGGGCCUCCCAGACAAAUUCCUACACCACCAUCCUGACAGUGUGGGUGGAGGAGUAUUACAGAGCACUGUGAGUGAAGCAACCUUGGUUGCACUACUAGCUGCAAGGAAAAACAAAAUUCUGGAGAUGAAGCUUUCUGAGCCAGACACUGAUGAGUCCUCACUCAAUUCUCGCCUCAUUGCUUAUGCAUCUGAUCAGGCACAUUCUUCUGUUGAAAAGGCUGGCUUGAUUUCUCUUGUGAAGAUGAAGUUUCUGACUGUGGAUGAGAACUUUUCCCUCAGAGGUGAAACUCUGAAGAAAGCCAUUGCAGAAGACAGAAAGAAAGGCCUAGUGCCAGUCUUUGUUUGUGCAACUUUGGGUACAACUGGUGUCUGUGCUUUUGACAAUCUCUCAGAACUGGGUCCGAUUUGUGAUGCUGAGGGACUCUGGCUUCACAUUGAUGCUGCAUAUGCAGGAACAGCAUUUGUAUGUCCCGAGUUUCGAUUGUUCUUGGAUGGAAUUGAAUAUGCAGAUUCCUUUACGUUUAACCCUUCUAAAUGGAUGAUGGUUCAUUUUGACUGCACUGGAUUUUGGGUUCAGGAUAAAUACAAGUUACAUCAAACCUUCAGUGUUAACCCUGUCUACCUCAGGCAUCCCAACUCAGGAGCUGCUGUUGAUUUCAUGCACUGGCAAAUUCCACUGAGUCGUCGAUUCCGCUCUUUGAAGCUGUGGUUUGUGAUUCGUUCAUUUGGGGUGAAAAAGCUUCAAGCUCAUGUCCGACAUGGUACCGAAAUAGCCAAAUUCUUUGAAUCCCUGGUUAAAAGUGAUCCACUCUUUGAAAUUCCUGCCAAGAGACAUCUUGGACUGGUUGUAUUUCGUCUAAAGGGUUCCAACUGCCUGACAGAAAAACUCCUGAAAGAACUAAGUAAUUCUGGCAGGCUCUUCCUUAUUCCAGCAACCAUUCGUGACAAGUUCAUCAUUCGCUUUACUGUAACGUCUCAGUUCACAACCAGGGAAGACAUUCUGCAGGACUGGAACAUCAUUCAACACACUGCAGCCCAGAUCGUUAGCCAGAAUUAUGGGUUGCACUGCAUCAAUCCUGGUGAUGGGGCAAGGCUCCCUAAUACGAUAGUGAAGCCUAGUUCUGAUGCUGUUAGUAAUGCCUCCCAGCUUUAUCUAGAUGGAGGGAAAUACAAAAUGCCUUCUAGUAAAAUAGUAGUUCAGCCUAAGAAGUUGGUGAGUCCCAGUACGUGCGUGAUUAGUCAACAAGUGAAAGGUCAAGGGGAGCCUCUAGAUGACUGUUUUCCAGAAGAUGUUCAAGAUGUUACCAAACACAAGUUAUCCUCUUUUUUAUUUAGUUAUUUGUCUGUUCAAGGCAAGAAAAAGACAGCACGUUCCCUUAGCUGCAACAGUGUGCCAGUGACUGGUAGUCUUGAGCAAUGUAGCUCCAAAGCAGCGACUGCUGACAAGAAAGAGUCUCACACAAAUGCCAGAAUUCUUUCCAGACUGCCUGAAGAGGUGAUGAUGUUCAAAAAAAGUGCCUUCAAAAAACUUAUUAAGUUCUACAGUGUCCCAAGCUUUCCAGAAUGUAGCAUUCAGUGUGGCCUCCAGCUGCCUUGUUGUCCUCUGCAAGCCAUUGUUUAACAAGUCAGA